AUGCUUCCAACACCAUCCACCUCACAUGUGGCAUUCGAUAGAGUAUAUGAACCGGCUGAGGACUCAUACCUAUUGCUUGACACUCUUUCUUCCGAUACCGAGAAGGCCUUCCUCCACGAGCGCUUCCAGGACAACCCAAACGCUGGCGGAUCUCCCUCGCCGGCGCCGCUCGUGGUUGAAAUCGGAAUUGGAUCUGGCGUUGUGCUCGCUUUCCUCCACGCACACGCAGAGACAAUCCUUGGACGCUCUGAUAUACUCACGUUUGGUGUUGAUGUGAACCGUUUCGCCUGCAAGGCAACCGAGCAAACAGUUAGAGUGGUGGAAACCGAGCAUUCGGCCCAGGGCGUGUCCCAUGGCUUCUACUUGGGUAAUGCCAUCGGAGACCUCGCUCUGUCACUGAAGCCCCGAGAAAUUGAUGUUUUGGUCUUCAAUCCACCAUACGUACCGACUGCAGAGCUGCCUAGCCUACCGGAGGAGUCGAGCUCGAAAGUUUCAUCUCACGACAACGACUCGCAUCUGCUGGCUCUGUCCUAUGCCGGAGGUACAGAUGGAAUGGAAACAACCGAUCGCCUGCUGGAAACUCUGGACAGUGUCCUGCAUGCGAAACGAGGCUGUGCCUACGUCUUACUGUGUGCUCAAAAUCAACCGGAAAAGGUGCAGCAGAGGAUCAGAAACUGGGGAAGUGGAUGGAGAGUAGAAAGGGUGGGAAGCAGUGGGAAGCAAGCUGGAUGGGAGAAGCUCCAAAUCAUCAGGAUAUGUCGUAUACCAACGGCGCGCGUAGAGUAA